CUGACGAGUCAACACCUUCUGUUGGUAUAUAUAUGAGGUAGGCCAGAGACCCACACCUCUCAACCUCCCAGCCGGACGCAGAAGCAGCAAAGGAGAAACUAUUGUGCUGUCAUCAUGAGGAACCUCCUGGUCAUCGCUGUGCUCAUCGCACUUUGCACCGUCGGUGCGGAGAGCUUCCGCGUCCGCAGGCAAGAUACAGAGGAAGAGGGCACCAUGACCUUGGUGAUGGACUCCCUCAAGGGGUACUACGACACGACCAUCACAACCGCCUCUGGAUACCUGGACAACCUUAAGGGCAUGAGACUGGAGGAGAAAGCCAAGAACCUGUUCGAGGAGACCACCACAGCAGUGAAGACCUACGGCGGUAUCCUGCAGGACCAGCUGUACCACCUCUUCACCCAGUCUCAUUAAAUAUCCCAGGCCUUCAGGCUCCCAUCGCCCUAAGCUCACUCCUGAUGCAGGGCAGCCAUUCACUGCUGCUGCUCCCCAGCUAGCUAGCUAGGCUUAGCUUGGCUUAGCUUGGCUUAGUUUGGCUUGGCUUGCUCCUUUCAUCCAUACCUUGCUUGAGGACCUCUGUCUCAGCACAGCCAUUGAUAAGCUGUCAAUCCUGCCACUCGCAGUUUCUCACAGCAGGAACUUCUCCUCACAGGACUCGUUGACACAGCUGUAGUGCUAUUUAAGUGAAACCACAGCACCACCUUGUGGUGAGCCUUUGUGAUUGCGAGUGGUAGUGGUAAUACAAUGUAAACCUAGCACAUCAGGUCUGUAGAAAGAAGAGAUUCUUAUUUUAUGCCAUUUGUUCAUGUGAACUGUCCACUCACGUCUUGCAAUAAAAAAACAUGUGUUUGUUAAAAAAA